GAAAUAAUUUAAAAGAAAAGAAACGCAAAAACGAUAGAAACGGACGACGAACUCCGUGCUGGCAAAAGAUUCCCUCCGCGUUCGUUCGUUCAGUCACUUAAUACUUAUUUUUCUUUUGCUCCCCAGUAACUGUACUGUGCUACUCAUCUUUCUACUCUUUUCUAACGUUAUUAUUUAGUACUGAUAUUGCAAUCAGAAACCCUAAAAAGUGGGAGUGGGAUUGAUUCUAUGGGGUGUGCCAGCUCGAAGCUGGACGAUCUCCCAGCAGUGGCUCUAUGCCGAGAGAGGUGCGGCUUCCUUGACGAAGCUAUUCAUCAGAGAUAUGCACUCGCAGCAGCCCACGUCGCCUACAUCAAUUCCCUCAGAGCAAUUGGUGAUUCUCUUCAUCAUUUCAUUGAGCAAGAGAGGGAGAGGGAUUUGGGUGCUCCCUCUUCUCCCUCUCCCUCUCCCUCCCCAUCUCCGCCUCACAAACCACACCUCGCCAAACACGCCUCUCCCUCUCACUCCGAUUCCGGCUCCCAUCUCCACUUCCACUCCGAUUCCGACGACCUCGGUUCCCUCCACCACUCCCCCCAAUCCUCUCCUCUGCAUCUCCACAAUUACUAUGACAAUACUUCCGAGCCAGAUCAUCACCUUCACAUCAAUUUCAUGAAGAACAAACCAGCCUCUUCAAUCGUCUACGAGCAGAGACCAAUGAACCCCGAAACUGUGUACGUCGGAGAGUCCUCUUCUUCCUCCUUUUACCCUCCGUAUCGCUAUCAGUAUCCCUCUUACCCCUACGAUCCCUACGCCGCCCCUCCUCCCUUCUACGGAUCUUCCUCGCCUCCCCCUCCCCCCGCCGCCGCCGCCAAGCCUCCCCCCUCCCCUCCCAGGCCGCCUUCCACUUGGGAUUUCCUCAACUUCUUCGAUAGCACCGAUGACAGGUACUAUCCCCAACCCCAUUACACCGCCACUCCCAGCCGCGACUCCAAGGAGCUCAGGGAGGAGGAGGGGAUACCCGAUUUGGAAGACGAGGAUUACCAGCACGAAGUCGUCAAGCAAGUGCAUGGGGAUCAAAAGCUCGUCGACCCCAAACCCCAACCCCAUCAUCCCCUCCACAGAGAGAACAACCUCGACGAAGAAGACGAGGAUGAUGAAGAGGUGGAAUACGAGGCUCAUGUGGUUGAUAAGGAAGUGGUUGCUGACGGGAACAAGGCCAAGGACCACGCCGCAUUCGGAGCCCGCCGACCUGGUUCCCGGAAUCCUCUCGAGGUUGCCAAAGAAAUUCAGCUUCUCUUUCAGAGGGCUUCCGAUUCCGGUGUCCUAAUCGCCAGCAUCCUUGAGGUCGGAAAGCUUCCCUAUAAUCGAAAGCGCGCGCCUUAUCAAGCUUCUUCCAAGAUGUUACACGUAGCUGCUCCCUCGUUGUCCGCGCUCACUUCUCAACCUUCUACUUCUAAAGAUGCCGAAUCUGCAUCCACCGGUGAUUUUGAUCUUGAUCUAACAACCAGGUCGCGCAAUCUGUCCUCUACGCUGCACAAGUUACUUCUUUGGGAGAAGAAACUCUUCAAUGAAGUUAAGGCAGAGGAAAAGAUGCGUGUCAUGCAUGAUAGGAAGUGUCGCAAGCUCAAGCGUUUGGAUGACAGGGGUGCUGAUUUUCAUAAAGUUGAUUCAACCCGAGCUUUGAUUAAAAGUCUCUCCACAAAAAUAAGAAUGGCAAUUCAAGUUGUUGAUAAGAUUUCUGUGACUAUAAAUAAGAUAAGGGAUGAAGAGCUGUGGCCGCAGCUGAAGGAAUUAAUCCAGGGGUUGGCCAGAAUGUGGAAAUCCAUGCUUGAAUGCCAUCAUAGUCAGUGUGAAGCAAUUAGAGAAGCCAGGAUUCUGGGUUCCAUCGGGUCUAGGAAGAAGAGUGGUGAUAGUCAUCUUCAAGCAACCAAGCAGCUUGAACAAGAGCUCAUCAAUUGGACUUUCCAAUUCUCUGGCUGGAUAAGUGCCCAGAAAGGUUAUGUUAGAGCAUUGAAUAAUUGGCUACGGAAAUGUCUCCCAGAUGAACAGGAAGAAACACCUGAUGGCAUAGUCCCUUUUUCUCCUGGCAGGAUGGGUGCUCCCCAAAUAUUUGUAAUAUGUCAUCAAUGGUCUCAAGAUUUGGAUAGAAUAUCUGAAAAGGACGUUGUUGAUUCCAUGCAUGUAUUUACCUUGAGUGUACUUCAGAUAUGGGAACAGGAUAAGCUAGAAAUGCAUAGGCAGAUGAUGCAGAACAAGGAUCUUGAGAGAAAAGUGAGAAAUAUAGAUAGAGAUGACCAAAAGCUGCAGAAGCAAAUUCAGGCGUUAGAGCGGAAGGUGGUUCUGGUAUCUGGAGACGGUAAAGGUCUCUCAGUUUCUGAGAAUAUCAUAUAUCAGAGUGACAAAAGCAGUAGUCUGCAGGCUAGCUUGCAGCGCAUUUUUGAGGCCAUGGAAAGAUUUACUGACGAAUCUGUGAAAGUUUAUGAGGAUUUGCUACAACGGAGUGAAGAAGAGAGUGCUGAAAAGGAAAAAGAAAAGGAAAAAGAGGAACCCUACCGGAACCACAAUCAUCGCAGGCAAUCUGAGGGAGAGAAAGAGAGCGUCGAUUUCACCUUUUCAGAGUUCUCGUUGGGGGAGCUCAAAGCGGCCACCAACAAUUUCAGCUCCGAGUAUAUCGUGUCGGAGAGUGGGGAGAAAGCCCCCAACCUCGUGUACAAAGGUAGGCUUCAGAACCAGAGCCGCUGGAUUGCGGUCAAGAAGUUCAGCAAGGCUGCAUGGCCCGAUCCCAAGCAAUUUGUCGAAGAGGCUUCCGGCGUCGGCAGGUUGCGCCAUGCCAGACUUGCUAAUUUGAUCGGUUACUGCUGCGACGGCGAUGAGAGGCUUCUCGUUGCUGAGUAUAUGCCUAAUGACACUCUCGCCAAGCAUCUCUUCCACUGGGAAAAUCAGACUAUUGAAUGGGCCAUGCGCUUGCGAGUCGCUCUUUACAUUGCUCAGGCUUUGCAUUAUUGCAGUUCGGAGGGGCGGCCGUUGUACCAUGACUUGAAUGCUUAUCGUGUUCUUUUCGAUCAGCAAGGUGAUCCGCGUCUUUCCUGUUUUGGUUUAAUGAAGAACAGCAGGGAUGGAAAAAGUUACAGCACUAAUCUUGCUUACACGCCUCCUGAAUAUUUAAGAAACGGAAGGGUCACCCCUGAAAGUGUUGUCUACAGCUUUGGGACUGUUCUUCUAGACCUCCUCAGUGGCAAGCACAUCCCUCCCAGUCAUGCACUUGAUAUGAUACAAGGAAAAAACAUUAUGCUAUUAAUGGAUUCACAUUUGGAGGGAAAGUUUUCUACGGAAGAGGCUACAAUAGUUGUUAACCUUGCCUCUAAAUGUUUGCAAUCUGAACCACGGGAGCGGCCUGAUACAAAGGAUUUGGUCACAACACUUGCCCCAUUGCAUACAAAACCUGAUGUUCGUUCACACGUCAUGCUUGGAAUUCCAAAGCAUGAGGAAGCUCCAUCAACUCCACAACGUCCUCUUUCAGCAAUGGGUGAGGCUUGUUCGAGAAUGGACCUUACUGCAAUACAUCAGAUCUUGGUUGCGACACACUAUAGAGAUGAUGAAGGAACUAAUGAGUUGUCGUUCCAGGAGUGGACCCAACAGAUGAGAGAUAUGCUGGAGGCAAGGAAGCGUGGAGACUAUGCAUUCCGUGACAAGGACUUCAAAACAGCCAUCGAUAACUAUUCCCAGUUUAUUGAUGUGGGAACGAUGGUCUCCCCAACUGUUUUUGCAAGGCGCAGUCUAUGCUAUCUGUUAUGUGAUCAACCAGAUCCUGCACUACGAGAUGCAAUGCAAGCACAGUGCGUUUAUCCAGACUGGCCCACGGCUUUCUACAUGCAGUCAGUUGCUCUUGCAAAGCUGGAUAUGCACAAGGAUGCGGCUGAUAUGUUAAAUGAGGCAGCUGCCUUGGAAGAGAAGAGGCAAAAAGGAGCGAGAGGAUCAUAGUUGUACAUGCAGUGGGCUCAUUUGAGGGUGUCAAGUUCUGUAUAAAGGUUGAGCUGGGAAGCAAAACUAACGUUUGAAUCUGAAUUUAUAAUGUGUCAGAGAAAUACAACGCUGCUGGAGUUAGAUAGCACUUGCUCUUUAUUUCCCCAACUUAUAGGAAUCGGUCAUAACUUAAAAACCGUGCUUGUGCACUCUAAAUUGGGAAGGAAUACCGGUGAUUUUUCCAUGUUAAUGAAAUUGAUUGUUUUAUGGCUACUGGAUUACAAGUACUGUCAACCGUUAUUCUAAUUCCCAACUGGUCGAGGCCAUGCUGUUCAUAAUAUUAUUUCAUGCCUGCAUAAUCUACAUGAAGCAAUAGAAAACAUAUUCAAUCU